GGGCGGGCCUAGGGAAAUGGGGGCCGGUUUUGGGCUGCGGGCGGCAGGUGUAGCCACGAGGAGCGGGCUGAGGCGGGCCGCGAAAGGUGGCCCCGCUCGGUAACACCGCUCCCAGCCGGGCAUGGCAGCGGCCCCGCCGAGCUGCAACCCACGCUGAGCCCCCACUGCAGCCAUGCCCCCCCAGGAGCUGCUGGACUACGCGCCUGCCCUGCGCAGACACAGCCCGCCCCGGGGCAGCGGCCCCGAGCUGGGCAUCAAGUGCGUGCUGGUGGGCGAUGGGGCCGUGGGCAAGACCAGCCUGGUCGUCAGCUACACCACCAACGGGUAUCCCGACGAGUACCAGCCCACCGCCCUCGACACCUUCUCAGUGCAGGUCCUGGUGGAUGGAGCUCCAGUCCGGAUCCAGCUGUGGGACACUGCUGGCCAGGAGGAUUUUGACUGUUUGCGCUCACUUUGUUACCCAGACACUGAUGUCUUCCUUGUCUGCUUCAGUGUGGUAAACCCAAGCUCCUUCCAAAAUAUUACAGAGAAAUGGAUCCCUGAGAUACGAACUCACAAUCCCCGGGCUCCAGUGCUGCUAGUGGGGACACAGGCAGACUUGCGAGAUGAUGUCAAUGUCCUCAUCAGCCUGGAUCGCUACCAUGUGAAGCCCGUGCCCCGGCCUCAGGCAGAAGGCCUAGCAGACAAAAUCCGGGCUGAAGCCUACCUGGAGUGCUCAGCGCUGACCCAGAAGAACCUCAAAGAAGUGUUUGACAUGGCCAUUGUCAGUGGUGUUGAGCACAAAGCACGUCAGGAAAAGAAGAUGACAGCCAAAGGCAUCAAAACUCUCUCCAAGUGCCGCUGGAAGAAGUUCUUCUGCUUCGUCUGAAGUUGCUCUGGGGAGGGGAGAUAGAAGAAGCACGUGAUGCCAGUAUUACUCCGCACCUUCUUGGAGUGACUGCUCCUGUGGCCCCAGUGAGGAGGGUAUGAUAAGCUGCUGGGCUUGGAAACCUGGCUCUUGCUGGGUUACAGCAUCUGAUGCCUGGAAAACAUGAACUGUUGUGCCGGGAUGUAGAAUGGUCCAGGCAGCUCUAAGUACCUGCUGGACACACCUGUGGCAUCCCAGGCUAAUGGGAGCCUUUAAUACACCAAAACUUAGUACUGCAGAACAGGCAGGUUCCUUACAUUGAUCAAAAUGGCCAUUUUUCUGUCUGAAACUGACAUGCUUCCAGAGUCCUGACAGAGAGAAGGGCAGGGGCAGCUACAGGUGACUGUGGUGUGGUCAAACACAAGCUGCUGAGACUGUAAAGCAAGACUUGGGUUUCUCCUCUGAUUCUGCUUGCCCAAAUAGGUAGAAGCCAUUUGGCUGGGAAAAAAAAGCAGCACUCUUUCUUAAAGGCCCUGUAUUCAGAGUGCCCUUGAGAAGGUUCUUCCUAAAUAAAGUCCAUUAGCCAGCUGAAGAGAACAUGCAUUGGGAGCUGCAUUGAUUGUUUAAGCAAAUUGUUCUCCAAAAAGAACUCUGGACUACACUGAGUGCCAGUGCUGUAGCCCCAUCUAAAGAGGCAGUCACGAACCUGGGCUCUGUUAUGAAAGGCCUUUGUGUGUGUAGUGAUUGGAGAGAAAGAACAGGUGAGGAGCGGCCAUAGGUGGCUCUGUCUGCCUAGUGGAGAGCAAACUGCCAGUGAAAGGUUUGUAAUGCUGCCAAGAGGUGAAAUGUGGAUGGAGGGCCAGUGUACGUUACAAAAGAAAAAGGGAGAAAGUAGAAAAGGAAGGGAAUAAAUGGGAGAAAAAGAUGAAAGUUGGGAAGAUGGAGAAGGAAAGAAGGAACAGUGUUAAAUGAAAGUUGUGAUUCUGCUUAAUCAGUGAGUCCUCUAGGGACUAGUGAUCUCAGUUUCAAAGUAAUGUUGUCCAUACAUUAAAUUCUGAAUUGAAAGGAGGGAUCUGUAGAGAGAUAGUUCCUCUUGGCCAGUAAAAUCCUCUUUUUCAAACCUAGGCAGGAGAACAGUGUUUACCUCAUGCUGACCUUCCUGAGGUUGCUGAGCAGGAAUGGAGGGCUCAGGACUUCUUUUUGUUGUGCUUUCCUUUCUCAAGGAUCACAGCUUGAUCAGCUGAAACCAAAAGCAAAGAAAACUCAUGAAGUUCCUUUCAGAGACAGACAUUCACUAUGUUUGCUUCAUUGCUCACUCCCCUGUUUCUCAGGGGAUUCAUUUACCAGUGAGUCGUCUAUUCACACUUUAUUGCAGAACUUGCAUUAACUUCUAAAACUUCUCUCACAGAGACAUUUUGUUGUGGCUUAUGUAGCAGAGUGCGACGGGUCUGUCAAGCAAUGUUUUCAGUACUCGGGGUUCUCUGCAUCUGGACAUGAUCCUCACUUUGGGAAUGCUCUGAAAUAAUGUGAUGUAUGGGGAUAUAGUUGGGAAUGUUUGCCCUGCUCUGAAAGAAUGCAUAAUUGGGCCAGUGGGCUUGUACAAAAAAAAAAAUCUAGCGUGGCUAGAUCCAAACAAAUGCCUGCAAACAUCUCUUUUUGUACUACAGCUCAUGCAGUCCCCAGGAUGUGACACAAGGCUGCUGUUAUCAGUGGUCUGAAAGAGAUGGGCAAGUCUUCUUGCAGCCAUAGAGCUGCUUGUUGUGUGGGGCUUAGAGACCUCAACAGACCGGAGUGUCAAAAUGAGUUGUGAGUUGACAGGACUCCCCCAGCCAAAAUGCCGUCUGGGUCCAGUGAGAGAUCCAAAGAGAUGGAGAGUACAAAGGCAGUAGCUAGAAGUGAGGUGUCCUACUCAUCUCUAAACAGAAUACCAUUUAUUGAACAAAGCUCUCAGUCACCAUAUAUCCCUGUAUGCAUCUCUUACCUGUACAGGCACCUCUGUUGUAUCACGACUUCAGUUUGUCUGUUGGGUCUUUACGCAUUUCUUUAACCUGUGAAAGCAAGGAUUCAGAUGUGACCUGCUGCGCUGUCCUUGUACGGAGCAAAUCCACAGGUACAAAGAACAGCAGCCUUGCCCCAUGCUGGGAAGAGCAAACAUUGUCCUGCAGUAGCUUGGUAUAAACAGGGAUUCUUUCAUUCUGGAAAAGAAACUGUACUGAGAGCUGCUUUCUUUCAUUGUGAUUGUGUCAAAUAUUUGUUCAAAUAAAUUUUUUUUUUUAAA